AGGAGAACAUGGCCAAGCGGGUUGCAAUUGUGGGAGCUGGGGUCAGUGGCCUGGCCUCCAUCAAGUGCUGCCUGGAGGAAGGACUGGAGCCCACAUGCUUUGAGAGGAGUGACGACCUCGGGGGGCUGUGGAGAUUCACCGAACAUGUUGAAGAAGGCAGAGCCAGCCUCUACAAGUCUGUGGUUUCCAACAGCUGCAAGGAGAUGUCUUGUUACUCAGACUUUCCUUUCCCAGAAGAUUAUCCAAACUAUGUGCCAAAUUCUCAAUUCCUGGAAUAUCUCAAAAUGUAUGCAAACCGGUUCAGCCUUCUGAAAUGCAUUCGAUUCAAGACUAAAGUCUGCAAAGUAACAAAAUGCCCAGAUUUUACUGUCACCGGCCAAUGGGAGGUAGUCACUCAGCAUGAAGGAAAGCAAGAGUCUGCCAUCUUUGAUGCUGUCAUGGUCUGCACUGGUUUCCUUACUAACCCACAUUUGCCACUGGACUGUUAUCCAGGUAUAAAUACAUUUAAAGGCCAAUACUUUCAUAGCCGACAGUAUAAACAUCCAGAUAUAUUUAAGGACAAGAGAGUCCUUGUGAUUGGAAUGGGGAAUUCAGGCACAGACAUUGCUGUAGAGACCAGCCGCCUGGCAAAAAAGGUGUUCCUCAGCACCACUGGAGGGGCAUGGGUGAUGAGCCGAGUCUUUGACUCAGGAUACCCAUGGGACAUGGUGUUCAUGACUCGAUUUCAGAACAUGUUCAGAAAUUCUCUCCCAACUCCAAUUGUGACGUGGUUGAUGGCAAGGAAGAUGAACAGCUGGUUCAAUCAUGCAAAUUAUGGCUUAGUACCAGAAGACAGGACGCAGCUGAGAGAGCCUGUGCUAAAUGAUGAGCUUCCAGGCUGUAUCAUCACAGGAAAAGUGCUCAUAAAGCCAAGCAUAAAGGAGGUGAAGGAAAAUUCUGUUGUAUUUAACAACACCCCAAAGGAAGAGCCCAUUGAUAUCAUCGUCUUUGCCACUGGAUACACCUUUGCUUUCCCCUUCCUUGAUGAGACUGUAGUCAAAGUUGAAAAUGGCCAGGCAUCGCUGUACAAGUACAUCUUCCCUGUGCAUCUGCCAAAACCAACCCUGGCUGUCAUUGGCCUCAUCAAACCCUUAGGCUCCAUGAUACCCACAGGAGAAACACAAGCACGAUGGGCUGUUCGAGUCCUGAAAGGUAUAAAUAAGUUACCACCACAAAGUGCCAUGACAGAGGAAGUUAACGCAAGAAAAGAAAACAAACCCAGUGGGUUUGGCUUGUGCUACUGCAAAGCUUUACAAUCAGAUUACAUCACAUACAUAGAUGAACUCCUGACCAAUAUCAAUGCAAAACCCAACCUAUUCUCAUUGCUCCUGACGGACCCACGCCUGGCUUUGACCAUCUUCUUUGGCCCAUGCACACCAUACCAGUUCCGCUUGACUGGCCCAGGGAAAUGGAAGGGAGCCAGAAAUGCUAUCUUGACUCAAUGGGAUCGAACAUUCAAAGUCACCAAAACUCGAAUUGUACAAGAAUCCCCAACUCCCUUUGCAAGCUUGCUUAAACUCUUAAGCCUUCUGGCUUUGCUAAUGGCCAUUUUCCUAAUUUUCCUAUAAGAAGUACCCAGAUGGCCUGUCAGAUGCACAUAGUAGAUUUACAGUGCUCUGGUCCCUCCAUUCCCACAUCAUGACCCUCACAGCCUUGAACUAUAUUCAAGUGGUGAAGGCCACCUCCCAUCCUUCCCUGGCUGACCCCAAGGCUACCACUGGUAUUCCUGGACCUCUCCCAGCCCCACCUGCUCCCAGUGCUAGAGCAAGAUAAUCAUGAUUUCUGUGCAUUUGAAGGCUACUGGGAAGUUCCAUGUUCAUUUUACAAAGAGAGUUGUUUACGGCAGCACUCUGAGCAUUUAUAUCUCUCUCUCAUAUAAACCAUUUCAUAGGCCUCAAAUAAAACCCCCUAAUUCACAAAAGAUUUGGUUGUACUAAAAUGAUGUUGUUAUGGUAUCAGCUGAUU